AUGUCUGAAACACAUUAUCAGCCUGUGCUAGAUGAUAAACUCGAGGAUCUGCCUUCUACAGGUCGCGGACACUCGGAAACUCCUGUUCUUCAUCGUAGGAGUAGCUCUGUGUCUUCUUUGAAAUCUGAAGGCUUCCAGUAUAUUCCUCCGUGGACUACUCCUUACGUUAUUGGGAUUGGUGGUCCUUCUGGCUCGGGGAAGACUAGUGUGGCAGCAAAGAUCGUGUCCUCGAUCAAUGUUCCAUGGACAGUCUUGGUCUCUUUAGACAACUUUUACAAGCCAUUAACUCCAGAAGAAAGGAAAGAAGCAUUCCAAAAUAACUAUGAUUUUGACCAUCCCAGUGCAAUUGAUUUGGAUUUGGCCUACAAAUGUAUAUCAAGUUUGAAAGCGGGCAAAAAGACUUCAAUUCCAGUCUACAGCUUUGUCGAGCAUAACAGGGUACCUAAUAAGAGCAUCAAUAUCUAUGGUGCCAGUGUCAUUGUUCUCGAGGGUAUAUAUGCGCUACAUGAUAAGCGACUACUCGAUCUCAUGGACCUUAAGAUAUACGUGGAUGCAGAUCUCGAUGUGUGUCUAGCAAGAAGACUCUCCAGAGAUAUCGUCUCCAGAGGAAGAGAGUUACAAGGAUGUCUACUUCAAUGGGAGAAAUUCGUGAAACCUAACGCUGCUCGGUAUGUCAAGAACACCAUGGAGAGUGCAGAUGCCAUUAUACCCUCCUUGACAGACAGCACCGUGGCCGUUGAGCUGCUCAUCAAUCAUAUUAAAUCAAAAUUGCAAGAAAAAUCUGAAGGACAUUUGAGAGAACUCAUAAAGUUAGGAUCAUACGGCUCCAAGCCCAUUCAUGAAAUUUCUUCGGUUCACGAGUUGGAGAAGACCAAUCAGGUAAGGUCGAUCAUGACUAUGCUAUUGGACAAAACGCUCAAGCAAGAUGAUUUUGUAUUUUACUUUGAUAGAAUAGCCACAAUAUUGCUUUCCAAAGUUUUGGAUCAUUUACCAGUGUCGCAAAGAACCACUAUCGAAACGCCUAGUGGAUCAGUGGUGGAGGACGCCCCUCAAUGCAACUUCGACCAAGUGACUGCAAUCAACCUCAUUCGCUCUGGUGAUUGUUUCGUAGCCUCUCUGAAACAUACUAUACCAGACAUUCCUCUGGGGAAACUUCUCAUUCAGUCAGACUCUCAAACUGGGGAACCACAAUUACAUUGUGAGUUUCUGCCGCCCAAUAUCCAUAAAUAUGAAACGGUCCUUCUGGUGGAGGGUCAAAUUAUCUCCGGUGCUGCGAUGAUCAUGGCUGUCCAAGUGCUACUUGAUCAUGGAGUGCCCAUGGAACGUAUUAAGAUCGUUGUCUACUUGGCGACCGAACUUGGAGUGAGGCGUAUAAUGAAUGGGUUCCGCAGGAAAGUGGAAGUAUUUGCAGGGGCGAUUGUAAAGAAAGAAGAUAUACAUUCCAAUUCGUGGGCCAAAAGCCGUUUCGUUGAUUCAAAGUAUUUUGGAUGCUGA